GUCGACGCACAACGAGAUGGAAAAGAACAGGCGUGCCCAUCUGCGGUUGUGUUUGGAGAAGCUGAAGGGGCUGGUACCGCUCGAACCCGAGACCAGCAGACACACCACCCUGAGUUUACUAACAAAAGCCAAAUUGCACAUCAAGAAGCUUGAAGACUUCAACCGGAAAGCCGUACACCAAAUAGACCAGCUGCAGCGGGAGCAGCGGCACCUGAAAAGGCAGCUGGAGAAGCUGGGGAUGGAGAGGAUAAGGAUGGACAGUAUCGGAUCCACCGUUUCCUCGGAGCGCUCCAACUCGGAUAGAGAAGAGAUAGACGUGGACGUGGAGAGCACGGACGACCUUCCUGCGGACCUCGACUGGAGCAGCAGCAGCAGCCCGAGCGACUCGGACGAAAGAGGGAGCCUGCAGAGCAUCUGCAGCGACGAGGGUUAUUCCAGCUCCGGCGUGAAGAGGUUGAAGUCGCAGAGCAAUCGCAAGCCUUGUCUUGAGGGCAAGAUCCCCAACCGCUGUCCCCGGGUGGCGAGAGACGGGAGCCACGUCCAGGUGGAGAAUGGGAAGCUGCCGGGAACGGGGCUCUAUCCGAAACCCUCCGGAGCCGAUCGCCACCCCGGCGCUUUGCUCCCCGACUUGUGCGUGUCCCCCCCGGCGUAG